AUGUUCCGUCUUGCGGGAUGGCGACUUGCCGCCGUUGCGUCCAUGACGCCUUUGUUGCAGAAGGCAAGUAUCAGCAAGAAAACAGAAGAAAAUGCAAUUGCCCAGCCUGCGAAGCGACGAAUCGGCACAGUUGUGUCGUUUAUGCAUCGCCGUGGGUAUGGCUUCAUUCGCGAGUUGGAGUCUUCUCCGGGGAAGGAAAAAAAAACUCACAAGGCCGCUGCCGUGGCUCCAGCGGACGCGGACGCGCCAGGGAGUAGUGCGGCAUCCAAUUUUUUUUUCCCGCGAUCAUCACUUGACGGCGGGUUUUAUGUGGCGGAAGGACAGACUGUCGCGUUUGAUGUCCGGUUGACGGAGCAAAGCAAAAAUAUAAAUGCGCGCCUUGCAGAGGCGAACAUUUCUUCUUCCGCUGCCUCUGCCUCCUCAACACCGCUACGCACAGACGGUACCGACGAGGAGGUGGAUGGCGAGCAGUCAAAGAAGCUCACUUUUGCUCACCGCAUUCGUCUGUACGAUGCUCGUGGCGGUAAAGAGAAGCCCGUGACACCCAUAAUGCUCGUUGGCUACGUUGAGAGCUGGGAUCAGCUUGCAGGCAAAGGUGUCAUUGCGGAAUUGGACCUCAGCGGUCGUCUAAAUGAGGAUGCCCCUCGUUUCACUGUCGGUCUUGAGGACUUGGACCUUGCGGGGCACUCGGAGUUGCGACGCGGCCGCUACGUGCGUUUCUGUCUCGAAUCUGGUGAUCGCACUGCUGCGCGGCGUGUCAUCAUUGACCGCGGCGCGGAGAGGAAGCGUGCGGCGCAGUUGUCGGCUGCUGCGGAGGACCAGGUGGAUGGGAAUGAUGGACGUCAAUACGGCACCGUGCGGGAGAUUGUGGAGGGUCGAUUUGGGUUUAUUCUUCUCGACGAGACGGGCGAGUCCGUCUUCUUUCACAUGAGCAACGCCGAGGGUGGAGUGGUCAAGCAGGGCGACACCGUCUCCUUCAUCAUGCGUGAGGUGACGCAGGGGAAACACGCAGGGAAGAGGACAUGCCUCCGGGUGAGACGAUGCGCCGCGCGAAAUUCCACCUCGUCCGCGGGGGCGGCGGCGGGCAACGGACAGAAGUCGAGGGCCGCGCAGGAUUUUGACGACGACGACGAGUUUGAAUUGCUGGAAUAA